GUACAGCAUGGCAGCCCCCAAAGGCGUGGCCCACGGCAGUGCCUGCAGUACAAGAUGGCCGCCUACAGGGUACGCACCGCACCCACUUCCGCCCGGCCACCGGAAGUUUCUAUUUGAAACCCAGGCGGCAGACCCGGCCGGCGGAGCGGCAGUUGCUGCAGAGCAUCUUCCGAACCAGAGCGACGAGGGCUGCAGGCAGGAGCAGCAGGCGCCUGGGGCCCAGCCGUGCCGCCUCGUUACGAUGACCAGCGUGGUUAAGACAGUGUACACCCUGCAGCCCCCCUCUGUGCUGAGCGGCGGCCUGCCGGCAGACAUACAAACUCGAGCCACUUCUAAGAGCUUAUUACCUGUUAAGUCCAAGGAAGUUGAUGUUUCUAGAUUUCUGCAUUCGGGAGGUUCAGAGAAUGAUGUUACAAAAAUCAUCAAAACAAGACGAGAAAAUGGGCAGGUGAAAGCUGCAGAUACUGCUAUCAGGAGGAAUGUCAGAAAGGGCUACAAACCAGUCAGUAAGCAGAAAUCAGAGGAAGAUCUCAAGGAUAAGAACCAGCUCUUAGAGGCCGUCAACAAGCAGUUGCACCAGAAGUUGACUGAAACUCAGGGAGAACUGAAGGACCUGACCCAAAAGGUGGAGCUGCUGGAGAAGUUUCAGGACAGCUGUUUGGCAAUUCUGGAGAGCAAGGGCCUCAACCCAGUUUUAGGCAAUGAGACCCUGGCGUCAGAGCAAGAACCCACCACAGAUCAUGUGGACUCUAUGUUGCUGUUAGAAACUUUGCAAGAUGAACUGAAGCUUUUUAAUGAAACAGCCAAAAAGCAGAUGGAGGAGUUACAGGCCUUAAAAGUGCAGUUGAAGAUGAAAGGAGAAGAGAGGGCCAAGUUCCUAGAACAGCAGACCUUAUGUAACAGCCAAGUAAAUGAUUUUACGGCAGCCCUUGAGGAAAUGGAGCAGCUAUUAGAGAUGUGAUAAAAAGCAAGUGGCCAGAUGGCUCCCUCUUGGGGAUAAACUCUUAGAGGAAGCCACUUAGGACAUCUUCUUGGCCAUGAUAUUCUAGGACUCACCAUCCCAGAAUGGAAACAGUUUCUCCAGUAGGAUUAAGGACAGUUUAUGCUGGAAUGGCGGUUCCUCCUUUCAGUAAGUGUUCCUAAUCUUCAGAUUGAUCAGCUCUUCUGAACCUCACACUUACAUAAUUCAGGCCUAGAAGAGGGGGGCCUGGAAGCUUGGAUCGACCUCCUAGGCAACAUAGUGGCACACCAUGAGAAUCAGAAGACUAAACCAGCCACAGCCAGAGAAUCCAAAAGGUCACGUUCAGAUGCAGAGGAAGAAAACCUUAAUUGUACAGUGGAGCACAGGUGCUCCACAGGAGCCAUCACUGAGGAGCUCUGCUGUCUGCUUCUCACUUGGAACACGUUCUGUCCCGUCCUGGUUGGCCUCUGUACCUCAUUGUAAGUUUAUGAACUUGAAGUUACUUGCAGUGGCUUAAUAAAUGGGGUGAAGGUGUAGAUAACAAUAACACCUACCAGAAACAAUACACCUUGGAGCUUUU